CAGCCAAAACGGGCUCAGUUCGUAAAGAAGCCAGGCGACUUCAGAGGCGCCGGCCCGUCCGCCAGCCGCACCUGAGCGCGGCCCCAGCCCGAGCCCCGCCGGCCGCGAUGCUCUAGGGACCGGCCGCGUCCUCCCGCCGGACCGUUAUCCGCGCCGGGCGCCCGCCGGACUCGCCGGCAAGAUGCCGCGCUCUUUCCUGGUCAAGAAGCAUUUCAACGCCUCCAAAAAGCCUAACUACAGCGAACUGGACACACACACAGUGAUUAUUUCCCCAUAUCUCUAUGAGAGUUACCCCAUGCCUGUCAUACCACAACCAGAGAUCCUCAGCUCGGGAGCAUACAGCCCCAUUACCGUGUGGACUACAGCAGCUCCAUUCCACUCCCCACUACCCAAUGGCCUCUCUCCUCUUUCUGGAUACCCCUCAUCCUUGGGGCGAGUGAGUCCCCCUCCUCCAUCUGACACUUCGUCCAAGGACCACAGUGGCUCAGAAAGCCCCAUUAGUGAUGAAGAGGAAAGACUACAAUCCAAGCUUUCAGACCCCCAUGCUAUUGAAGCUGAAAAGUUUCAGUGCAAUUUAUGCAAUAAAACCUAUUCAACUUUUUCUGGGCUGGCCAAACAUAAGCAGUUGCACUGUGACGCCCAGUCUAGGAAAUCUUUCAGCUGUAAAUACUGUGACAAGGAAUAUGUGAGCCUGGGCGCCCUUAAGAUGCACAUUCGGACCCACACUUUACCCUGUGUCUGCAAGAUCUGUGGCAAGGCGUUUUCCAGACCCUGGUUACUUCAAGGACACAUUAGAACUCACACUGGGGAGAAGCCUUUUUCUUGCCCUCACUGCAACAGAGCAUUUGCAGACAGGUCAAAUCUGAGGGCUCACCUGCAGACCCACUCGGAUGUAAAGAAAUACCAGUGCAAAAACUGCUCCAAAACCUUCUCCAGAAUGUCUCUUCUGCACAAACAUGAGGAAUCUGGCUGCUGUGUAGCACACUGAGUUACGCAAUCAAUGUUUACUCGAACAGAAUGCAUUUCUUCACUCCGACUCCAAAUGACAAAUAAAAGUCCAAAGGCAUUUUCUCUUGUGCUUACCGACCAGAUAAUGUGUAUAGGCGCGUGCGCACACACACACACACACACACACACACAAACAGGCGCAUGCAGACACACACACACACACACACACACACUAAAAGCUGCAAGAGCACGAAAUCCAUGUGUUCAAAGUUAAUCCUUUCCAUGUGAAGUUUGAAAUUACUAUAUAUUUACUGACAGCUAGAUUGAGAGGAUAAAAGACAAGAAUCUUUCUCUUCAAAAGAUGAAGCAAAAAGCACAUUGCAUCUUUUCUCACUAAGAAAGAAUGCAAAGAUUUACAUUGCUGCCAAAUCAUUUCAACUGAAAAGAACAGUAUUGCUUUUGUAAUAGAGUUUGUAAUAGAAUUUCCUAUAGGAAGAGAAUUUGCCAGACGCUAUCUCAGGUGCCUUAUAAAGUAUUUCAAGUUUACUUCAUUACAUGUCUGAUGUCUGGUUAUCAUUUUUGAACUAAAGCCUUUUUUGAUUACCUGUAAUGCUUUAAACUGUAUUUUUAAGAGAGAGACAGAGAAAGAGGAAAAAAAAAAAA